AUUAUUUUCCCAUACAAGUGUGAAAUAAAGAAGCCAUAGGGUAGAUGCACUUUGCUUCCUCCUCCUGUCCUCACGAAUGCCCGCCGAAAAAACGAAACUGAAACGACGCGCCAGUCGCCGAGAAGUAGACGAGUUCAAAUUCGACGGUACCCACGCACGGGAGCUCGAGCAGAAACGGAACCGAGAUCAGGUCUCGUGUGCCGAAUGUCGCAGGCUCAAGAUAAAAUGCGACAAGCAAAUUCCCUGUCAGUCUUGCCAGCGAAGGGGCUGCGCAGCGCUAUGCCCUAAUGGUAGUCUGGCAACUGGUCAGGGCACCCGUUUCGUCCUCGCAGCUACGGAGCAUCUCCAUCGCAGAAUUGCUAAGCUGAGCGGCAGAAUACGACAGCUAGAGGACGCCCUUUCUUCGCUACAUUCACAGCAUUCAACCGACCGGCAUCCACUUUUACAAGAUGAGCUCAUUUUCAACGAAGAACAUACAACAGAAGAGAACAACGUCUCGGAUGAUGCUACGGCACAACCACCUGCAGACGUUAUUGACGCGUUUGGAACACUGUCUAUCUCUGACCACGGGAUAUCGAGGUUCUUUGGGCCAACAGGAGGGUCAGAGAGCCUUUUGAUAGCCUCGUCACCCUCUCCAGCAAGUAGCGCCCACAGCCCUGACUCAAAGCAUGCCUCAGUCAGUCCUACCAAUUCUGGCCACUCGACCGAUUUCUCUCUGUUCUCGCAGUCUUUUCCUUUUACGCCUAUGGGUCGAUCUGAAGACGUCCAGGAUAUGAUUCGCACCCAUCUACCUCCCUGGGAGCGUGCACAAUCUCUUGGGGAAACAUAUUUUGAGCAAGUGGCCUGGAUAUUCAGAGGUGUCACCCGCCAGCAGCUCAUUGACGACAUGCUACCUGCGAUAUAUCGCAAGCAGCCUUCAGAAGAGUUCGGGGGUCCGCAUGAUUUAUCUCUUAUCUUUAUGAUUUUUGCUAUUGGUGCGCUCGUGGAAAGUGAACCCUCAACUACUUAUGCUGAGCACUACCAUCAAAUCUCGCGGGCGGCUAUCUCCCUACAACCGGUGUUAGAAAAGCCUUCCAUCGUCACUAUCCAGUGUCUACAUCUUAUGAGUAUUUACAAUGCCAUGAGUGGGAGCGACACCACUAGCGAACCAAGCAUGGAGAUGACUUGGUCUCUCAUCACCCUGGCUGCUCAUCUAUCUCAAACGGUUGGGUUACAUCGAGACAGUGAGCGCUGGGGUUUGCCAGUGAAAAUGGUCCAACGUCGCCGAAUAUUGUUCUGGGACCUCUUCGUCGCAGACGUAUGGCAGAGCCUCAAUACAGGAAGACCGCCGUCAUUUUCUCUCGCAUAUAUCGACUGUAGUUUCCCCCAAUACGACGAUCAAAAGGACGGAGGUUCGCCUGGCUGGGAAUUUGAAAUCUGGCAAUUCCGUUUCGCGUCCGAGUGUGUUGCCGAAGUAACCGCACGGACAUUGACCGCUGAGGCCCCCAGCUAUAACACUAUAAUGGAACUUGAUCGAAAAGUGCGCGAAUUUCCAUUGCCGACAGGAAUGGCAGAGAAAAAUGAUCUUGGAACAUCAUUUCAAAGAUGCGUCCUCGACCAUAUACGUGAAACGGUUCUCAUGUAUAUCCAUCGAAGUUUUUUCGCACAGGCUAUCAUCGAACAGCCUGUCAACCCUCUUAAAAGUACCUAUGCUCCAUCAUUUCUGGCAGCCUAUCGCUCGUCUGCGACGAUACUUAAAUCUGUUCGUGAACAAUUCACCAUGUGGCCAAAUUCAUGCGCAAGGUUCUGGACCAUGUGGACUUUCGCGUUCUCAGCGGCUGUGGUUUUCGGUACCGUCGUGACCAGGGGUCCCAGGUCCCCCCUGGCCACUUCUGCCAUGACGGAGCUUGAACAAGCCUGUGUUCUUUUCUCGAAGGCGGCUACACAUAGCAAGCGAGCUUCAAAAGCCCUCCCAAUCCUCGUCAAGCUUAGUGAAAAAGCACGACACGCGCUUGCUGCGGCCCAACACGAAUCAAUGCCCCUCUCUGUUGAUAAAGACGGUCUCUUGUGGAAUAUUAAGCAAGAAGACGCGGACGACGAGCUGUCUAUAUUCGCAGGUCACACGCGAUUCGUCUCGGCUAAGAGACUGGCGAAGUCAUCGAGGGAUUUCGAGCAUGGUGCACCUUUCUCUCAGUUCUCGAAUGUAGGUGACGGUACUCAGCUUGCGCCACUACCAUCGAUGUCUGGGACCCAGGUUUGGUCUAGGCAGAGUCUACAACGUCCUUCGCGCGAAUCAGGGUAUAUGCCUGCAGCUGACCGCAGCCUUCAGUAUUCCUACUCAUACGACCGGAGUCGUCCAGCUCCAUCUGAUUCUGGAUAUGGAUAUCCGUCUUCUUACCGAAGUACUCAGUACAGUCCACCCUCGCAGUUCCCGCAGAUGUAUCCACCGCCUUUUAGUUCCAGCUCCCAGCCCAACGUCCAACCUGGCAACCCUGCACUAGCUGAUUUGGGCUUAGCAGCGCGGGAUUCUCGACUUGAUGAACGAUGGAGUUCAUUUAUGCAGGAUUCGGGGCUACUUGACGAUGUCGGGUUUAGGAACCAUUAGUAUGACGACUAAUGUCUGAGAUAGCUGAUAAAAUAAGUCCACCUAAUAGUCUGGCUUUCGUGUUUGUAACUUUUAUUUUGUAAAUGGAAUGAAUUCAGCUUGAG